ACAGUUUCUGGAAAUCCCCCACCUAGCUGCAAGCCCCGCCCCGCCGGAGCCACACAGAGGGCAUUUACUGCAGCCUGCUCCAAACUCCUUUUGAAUCCAGCCAAACGCACCUCGCUGCGGGCUACAGGGACCGCCAUGGACCGACACCGGACCAGUAUAUUCAGCCAAAUGGAUUAUAACCGGGACUCUAAGGAAGAGAAGCCGUCGACGGACGAGAGGCUCGACAGUGGUUUAGACUCGCUCAAAGAGGAGGAGUACCAGGCCGUGGCCGCGGAGAUCCGAGCGCUGCAGUUGCAGAGUGAGCCCAAACAAGCCACGGUAACCGGAGAGCUGCAGCACUGGACCACACAGAUCACCGAAGACGGAGACACAUUGCUCCAUCUGGCCAUCAUCCAUGAAGCCAAGGACUACAUCAAGCAAAUAAUUGAGCUUUCUAAAAACACAGACUUUCUUGACACACAAAAUGACCAGAGACAGACUCCUCUCCACUUAGCAGUAAUAACAAAUCAGGCAAGCGUGUGUGAGCGCCUCCUAGCAGGUGGUUGUGACCCCACGCUCGUCGACAGUAACGGAGACACGGCCCUUCACAUCGCCUGUCGACAUGGUAACCUGCCCUGCUUCAGCGUGAUCACACAGAACUGCCUCCCCCAUCAUCUAAACACUGCAAUGGCUGCCUAUAACUAUCACGGUCAAAACUGUCUCCACUUGGCUUCAGUUCACGGCUUUCUAUCGCUCGUGGAAAACCUUGUGGAUUUAGGGGCCGACGUAGAUGCCAAGGAGCAAAGAAGUGGUCGUGGAGCACUACAUCUCGCUGUAGACCAACAGAAUUUCUCGCUGGUACAACUGCUGCUCCGAAAAGGUGCCGACCCCAAUCUCCUCACGUCCGCUGGUCACACGCCAUUUCACCUCACAUAUGGACGUGACAAUGAGCAAAUCAGGCAGGAGCUGUUUUCACUGACCAAGCCUGGGCUACGAGAGCUUCCAGACAGUGAGGAUGAUGACAGUGAAGAGGAAGAUGAGGAGGAAGAUGAGGAGGUGGGGUACGAUGAUAUCCAAUGGAAUGGACAUUAGAGGACAUUGGAAAAGGUGUGAUGAAGGGGCAGAUAACUGGUGUUGAUGGUUAUGAAAUGGAAGAAAGAACUUUAUUUCUUCAUCAAAUGCCCAAAAGCCUACCCACAACAAUGCAUUGGGCAACAAAAACAGGCAGCUGCAGAGGCGCUCCCAAGACUGGCUGGCAAAGCGAUAGCCCGGAGACAAAACAAUGAAAGACAAUGAUGUGUACAGAUACUACAAAUUACAGGAUGGGAUCUCGUAUUCUCUCUUUGAUUAAACGGACACCUAAUUAUUUUCUGUGGAUGUUGUAAAUUUGUCAUCACUAAAACAGUUGUACCGCGACGGCUCUGUUGUAUAUUGUAAAUGCUGUGUAUAAAAAGAUGUAUUUUUAUGGAAGCUGUGAAGUGUACAGUCUAGCAAGUUGUAUAUGUCAGACAGCAAACAGUCCAACACUCUCCACUUAAAUUAAAACGCUCGUAUUUAACAGAA